AUCCAAACAUCUGUGGGAUUUUUUUUUUGCCCCCACUGUCGUGUCUGUAACUCUUCCUGUCAUCAAUUUUCUUGAAAGUUAAAUAAAAAUCCCCAUUUGCACGGCUCAACCUUUCUUCAAAUUUCCAACCUUGCAAGCUUGAAAAAAAAUUGACCUUUUCAUGGUUCAAAGCUUACAGCUUUCUCUAAUUUUGACAAAUCCCCCAUAACCCAUUUCUUCGUUUUCCUCUUGAUCCAUCACAUCAACCACCGAACAAAAAAAAUGCAUGGUGCCCAAAGCAAAAGGGACCUUGCCAUGGAAUUACAAGCACAGCUACCGAUCUUAAGACCAAGUAUCCACACAAGAAGAGCAAAUCUAACAGUGAAAUUCCAAGACCUUUAUGGGUUCACAGUAGAAGGCAAUGUGGACGAUGUUAAUGUAUUGAAUGAGGUUAGAGAAAAAGUAAGGCAACAAGGGCGUGUUUGGUGGGCACUUGAAGCAAGCAAAGGAGCCAAUUGGUAUUUACAACCACAAGUUUCUUCAUUAUCUGAAGGGAUUGUUUUGAAAUCUUCACUCAAAAUUUCAGCUUUGGCUAAUGCUAUGACAUUGAAGAAGCUUAUUAGGAAAGGUAUUCCACCUGUGCUUAGGCCUAAGGUUUGGUUCUCACUUUCAGGCGCUGCUAAGAAGAAAUCCACGGUGCCUGAAAGUUAUUAUAAUGAUUUGACUAAAGCGGUGGAAGGUAAAGUCACACCUGCUACACGACAGAUUGAUCAUGACCUUCCGCGAACAUUCCCCGGUCACCCUUGGUUGGACACACCACAGGGCCAUGCAGCUCUCCGGCGUGUGCUUGUGGGGUAUUCUUUUCGUGAUUCUGAUGUGGGGUACUGUCAGGGGUUAAACUACGUCGCGGCAUUGUUAUUGCUUGUAAUGAAAACGGAGGAAGAUGCAUUUUGGAUGCUUGCUGUACUCCUUGAAAAUGUCCUAGUUAACGACUGCUAUACAAAUAACUUAUCCGGAUGCCAUGUUGAGCAAAGGGUUUUUAAAGAUUUGCUUUCUAAGAAGUGUCCAAGGAUUGCUGCUCAUUUGGAAGCGUUAGAGUUCGAUGUCUCCCUCGUUACUACAGAGUGGUUUCUAUGCCUUUUUGCUAAAAGCUUGCCUUCCGAGACAACUCUGCGUGUAUGGGAUGUCCUUUUCUAUGAGGGAGCGAAGGUUCUUUUUCAUGCAGCUUUGGCUAUAUUUAAGAUGAAGGAAGAAGAUGUACUUCUAGCACAUCAGGUCGGCGAUGUUAUUAAUAUAAUACAAAGAACUACGCAUCACCUUUUCGAUCCCGAUGAGUUAUUGACGGUUGCAUUCAAUAAAAUCGGGUUUAUGACGACAAACACUAUAUCGAAGCAAAGGAAAAAGCAGGAACCGGAAGUAAUGAAAGAGCUCGACGAGAGAUUAAGAAGAUUAAAUUCUCUGAGAGAAGAUGACAGGUAACAACAAUGACUGUGGUAAGACCCAAGUUUGUAAUGACAAGGUUAAGAGAGUGUUUAUUGCUCUUCUAUGGGGACUUAGUUGAUAAAAAUGUAAAUUUUGAAGGUCAUAUACUUUACAUUGCUGAAGUUUGUUUUGCACAUUUGUUUAAAUUAUAUGACUAAAUUUGUUACCUAAUCAUCUUCAAAUGAAUUUCUGUACUUUGUCAUUGAGCAAUAUAAAGGUUAAAUUCUGCAA